AUGGAGGCGGAGGCGGAGACGACGGUGGCCGUGACGACGGGCGGCGAGGGGGAGAUCGUGAGGGGGAGGAAGCUGCUGAGCCACGGCAAGGUGUUCGUGGGAGGGGUGCCGCUGGGGACGAGCGAGUCCGAGCUCCGCGCCCACUUCUCGCGGUUCGGCACGGUGGCCUUCGUCGGCGCGCCCAAGAACAAGCAGACGGGCGCCGCGCGCGGCUUCGCGUUCGUGCAGUUCGUCAACCCCGACGACGCCGCCGCCGCCAUCGCCGCGGGGCCCGACCGCAACGUCAUCCGCGGCACCACGAUGGAUAUCAAGUUAGCCCAACUAAAGCCAUCAGCCGGCGGCCCACAACUCAGUCCAGGUGACCAGAAGAGGAAGAUUUUCGUUGGCGGCUUGCCGGUGUCCGCCACCGAAAAGAAGCUCAAAGAAUACUUCAACAAAUUCGGCGAGGUCAAUCGGGCAAUCGUGGUCAUCGACCUUAACACGAAGAUGCCCAGGGGGUUCGGCUUCAUCCAGUUCGCAUCGGAGGAGUCCACAGCGAGGGCGCUCAAGAAGGACAAACACUUCCUCUGUGGCCAGUGGGUGGAGGUGAGCCUUGCAAUGCCCAAGCAGCAGAAUGCAGCUUCUGGCACUAGCAAAUUGUCAGUUCAGGCUCGCCCGUUUUAUCCGACGACAUCAUCAAACUUCACAACCGCCGCUAAUUAUCCUGACGUCGUUAAUAUUGUCCCUAUGGUGACACCUAUGAACUGCGUCAUCAGCAAUGCUUUUAACCCUCAUAUCGGCUUUGAGGUACCCGGGAUGAUACUUAGUGAUGGUGUGAGCAAUUCUGUCAGUGCUAAUUACUCCUACCAGAACCCCUACUUGGGAGGUGGUGGUGUUCAGCCUCAAGGCUCGGCGGUGUAUCUUCAAGCAGCACAUUAUUAUAGUGGUGUGAUGAUGUGA